GCGCCACUCCCGAAGCUCACCCUAUUUCUUUGAGGAGGAGCACGAGAGUUAGCCGCGACCCCGUUCCGUCCUGGCAACAGCGGCCAGUCCACGCUUGCGCUCGUCAAAAGUGCCAACGGGCAGUGAUAGACCUGUCACGUCCGUGCAGCCAUGGCGUCCCUGCUGAUACGAUACUCACUAGGUCUGUGCCUUCUUCACCUCUCGCUCACCAUCGCCAUCCCCAAGGAGGAACACCGAAAGAUCCACACACCUAAGCCAUUGAGUGAUGAACAGCACUACAAGGACGAGGAUGGUGAGUCUGAGCACAACCCUGACUAUGACCACGAGGCCUUUCUCGGAGAGGAGGCGGCCAAGACAUUUGACCAGCUGUCGCCAGAGGAGAGCAAGGAACGGCUACUCAAGAUCGUCGAGAAGAUUGACAAGGACACCGAUGGCUACGUGACGCAGCAGGAGCUCGAGGACUGGAUCAGGCACACACAGAAGCGCUACAUCCGCGAUGACGUCGAAAAGCAGUGGAAGGUGUACAACCCCCAGGAAAGCAGUCGUGUCAGCUGGGACGAGUACCGAAACAUUACGUACGGAGCCGAAGGCAGUGAUGGCGAUGACUCCGAUUCGGACUCGGACGGGGGUGCCAUGAGCUUCCAGGACAUGGUACGGCGUGACAAGCGACGCUGGGACCGUGCCGACAAGAAUGGCGAUGGCCACCUCGACAAGGAGGAGUUUGGAAACUUCCUUCAUCCCGAGGAGAGCGAGGACAUGAAGGGCGUCGUCGUCGAGGAGACCAUGGAGGACAUCGACAAGGACAAGGAUGGCAAGAUUUCGCUCGAGGAGUACAUUGGUGACAUGUACGAGGGUGCAGCCGAGGGUGAGGUGGAGCCGGACUGGGUGCAGAACGAGAAGGAGCAGUUCAAGAACUUCCGCGACAAGGACAAGGACGGGUUCAUGGGACCCGACGAGGUGCGCGACUGGGUCAUGCCUGUCGACUAUGAUCACAGCGUGUCCGAGGCACGCCACUUGAUCCACGAGGCCGACAAGGACCACGACGGCAAGCUCACCAGGGAUGAAAUCAUCGACAAGUACGACGUCUUCGUGGGAAGCCAGGCGACAGACUACGGCGAGGCGCUGACUCGGCACGACGAGUUCUGAGUGGCGAGGAGAAACUCCGUUGCCGCUUGUCGGCAGUUCCUGUGCUUUGCCGAGUGUAAGAGCGUCACCUCUAAGAGUCGGGUGCGCCAACCAUUACGUCCGCCACUCAGCCUUUGCAUCAUUUGUGUUUGCUCAUCGCCUGUUGACUUCAAGCAUGUAUUGCCACAUCCACCCAGUGAAAUUUCGUUCUUUCACCCCACACUUUCUCAUCUUAGUUUUUUUUUUUCCUGCCUUGUGAAUACACAUACUAGUUCUGGCUGUAGACAAGUCAACUUUAUGCAAUGGAAGUUGUUUCGCCUGUUUAAGAAAAAACUGAUUCUUGCAACUUGACCAGAAAAGAGCGGUGUUCUGGAAGCUUCAAAUAGAAAAUGCAUUUUUCUCUAUAUUCAAAGGUCUGUUGCAACUUUCACCGACCUCCAGCUAUUUAACAGUUGCACACUGUGCUGUCACUGGAUUUGCCCUAGGAAGGCUGAAUGAGAAAAUAAUACUUGUAUCAGUGGUAAAUAUCAGAAAAACGGUCACAUGUAUUUGUCGCACCAGACUUUUAGGGAACUGUGCCUGAUUUGUUCUUUAUUUCAUGUAUAAUACUAUAUACUAUAUAGUUUUACCUCUGCUCGUUUUAUGUUCAGCCGAACUUUUACGUUGGUUGAUUGUCUCUACGUCACACUUUUCUCUAAGAUAUUGUUGUUAGGCAGUUGUUUUGCUUGAAAAUAAAUUUUUAUGUAAUGCAAGGUGACUAUUGGCAUACUGUCGUACAACGCGUGUGGCGAAGUGUGCCUUUCCAUGAUUUAUCAAAUAUAUACCGAGUACCUCUGUUUUCAUAUGAAACUGCACUUUAUCAUAUUUCUUUUGGCCAGUUAUUCCUAAAUAUUAUAAUCCUAUUACCAGUAAUUAGGCUGACACAAGUAUGCUACACUUUCCUAGACAUGUACUGACGAGCAAUUGUUGAAAAGGCCAGAAUGUCUAUUGUUUUAUAUUAAUUUAUAUUAAUAAGUAAUGAAUGUAAUCAUCUAAGGUUAGUUGGGGUUAUGUUGCUCGGUUUAGUUGGUGUUUGUUCAGAAACAGUCAAUCAUAAGUUAGAGAUACUAAAGAAAAAAUUACACUGGCCAAGUUUUGUGGACUGGUUUGAAUUCAUAAUUUAGAUGCAAAGUAGUUGCUGUAGAAGAACCAAGUGUGGUACUUCAUGCACGAACGGGAACAAAGUAAGAGGUUUAUUCUGGUAACAUGUCUUUCUACGUAUUUGCAUAUCCGACUCUGCUUUGCAUAUAGGCCUGUGCUUUUGCCUAUUUUUGGUGGCAUUUUCUCCAUGUCAAUGACGACACCUUUUCAAAGAUAUACGUACAUAGUGGUAUCACUUUACACAUCUUACUUUCUUGUUUGUGUUGGUUUGGCGAGAACAAACUUUUGCUUAAAUGUGUGUGAAUGAAAUGCCCUGUCCGUGUAA